AAAAAUGAACGGGCAAACCAAGUUCGGAAAAUUGUGGAAAAUUUUCUCUCCGCGUCGUAAAUAGACGUUCGCGUCCGACGCUGCUGCUGUAGGCGUCCUGCGUGUAGAAUCAAUCGGUGACGCGCGCAACGAGGCCAGGAAGAUGUAACGCAACUCUCGCAUUCCUUUCGUCGCACGUGCGUGUCUUUUAUCAACGAGAUAUCACGGGGCAUCGUCCGCUCAAGUUCUCCGUUCGUGUCAGACAUCGGUUCUAUAUCUUUAAGCAUGAAUGGGCAGGUGCAUUCCUCGCGGGAGAGGUUAGGUUGUUUUGGCCCUGCCAAUUUCGGACUAUUUUCCGGGAUGAUCCCUGAUCGUGUACCGGGUAUACAAAUUCCGAUCUCUGAUCGCGGUCUUGGACCAUCCGAGAUACCAUUGGACGACAGCAUGGCUGUUACGGAGGUCGACAGCAAAGUCAAGACUAAAUUGCUCUCCAUGUGGAACAAUGUUAAAUAUGGCUGGACCGUGAAGAUGAAGACAAACUUCUCAAAGGAAUCUCCAGUUUGGUUGCUAGGUCAGUGUUACCUAAAAAAAUCGGAAGAUCCUUUGGAGAGGGCAUCGGAAGCUUUAGAGCCAGUUGGUACAGGGAGUCAGGUUUCCUUGGCGAUGGAUGCCGCAAACUUUGAGAACACGAUAGAGGAGUUUAAGAGAGAUUUUGCCUCGCGCAUCUGGUUAACAUAUAGACGAGAAUUUCAGAUACUUAACGGUUCCACCUUUACCACAGACUGUGGCUGGGGUUGCAUGUUGCGCAGCGGACAAAUGAUGUUAGCGCAAGCGUUGGUCUGUCAUUUCCUCGGACGGGAAUGGAGAUGGCGCUCGGAACAGCAAGCCGAAACUCUUGAACAAAGGCUGGACGAGCGUAAUCAUCGAAUGAUCAUCAAGUGGUUCGGUGAUCAAUCAGAAUCCCCGUUCUCUAUACACAGGCUGGUACUUCUGGGCGCUUCCGCGGGAAAACGUGCCGGCGACUGGUACGGACCCUCCUCGGUGGCGCAUCUCUUGUGUCAAGCUGUGGAAUGUGCCAGCGAACAGCACGACAACAAUCUCGAUCAGUUGGCGGUAUACGUCGCUCAGGAUUGCGCAGUAUAUCUACAAGACGUCGAGAAUGUUUGUCGGACUCCCGAUGGUAAAUGGAAAGCGUUGGUGUUGUUGGUGCCUCUGCGGCUCGGCGCCGACAAGCUGAACCCCGUCUACGCGCCUUGUCUGACAUCGUUACUUACGUUGGACACGUGCAUCGGCGUGAUCGGCGGCCGACCACGACAUUCACUCUAUUUCAUCGGCUACCAGGACGAUAAACUGAUUCAUCUGGAUCCGCAUUAUUGUCAGGAAACUGUAGAUGUGUGGAAAAAUGAUUUUCCGUUAACAAGCUUCCACUGUGCGUCGCCGAGAAAGAUGUUACUGUCGAAGAUGGACCCUAGUUGUUGCGUAGGCUUCUAUUUUCCCAAUAGGGAGUCGCUCACAGACUUUAUGGAGACAAUUCGACGAUUUGUGAUACCGAAUCAGAAGACGAACUAUCCGAUGUUCCUGUUCUGCGAGGGAAGUGGCAAGGAUCUCCAGCAGGGUAUCGAGGUCGUCGAAGGUCUCUUACCGUCUACAACUUCGUUCGUCGGUCACGAAACACUGGAGGACGAUCUGUAUGAAUCUGAAGAGUUCGAGUUGCUGCAAUAAGAAAGGACAAAUAGGUGAUAUGCGAAUGAAUAUCGAACGUUACUCUCUCUACUCUUCAUAUAUUCGCUCCUCCGUAGCGAACAUAAGAAAACGUAGUAACACGAGCAAGAAUUUAUUCUACCGGAACGGUAAAAUCAGAGCGGAAAGAUGCAGCUCCAUGAUCUCAAUGCGUGUUUGAGGAUAAGAUUAGAGUUUCACGCAAUGACCAGUUAUUGUUAUUUACGAGGUAAGAAAUAAGGAAGAGCAUGAUGUUAUUCCCGACGAUAUUCUAGUACAACUUAAUCGAUUAAGCUGACCGUAUACAUAUUUUCGAUCAUGUGCGAUAUGUAUAUAUUAUACACAAUCGUUUGAGAAAGCACGAUUUUUCUCAUUUUCUGAUUGUCAUUCGUUAGUAAUAAUUACUAACAAAAAAAACUUGAUAUGACUUAAUAUCAUAAUAAUUUAGUAACAAUCAUUUUUAUUUAUUUUGCAUGUUACAAAGCGAUACAUUUGUACAUUGUAAAUCUUGAACUGAUUUUGCGAAGACGCGCUUUAAAUUCCAUUGAAUUUAAAUCGAACACAAUCUUGUGAUACUAAGUUUGUAACAAGUUUUGCUAAAUUAGCUCUAAAAUAUAAAUGAAAAUAAAAAUUCGCGCGGAAUAUAAGAAUAUAACAGUUCUCAAGUCUGAUUUACUUAAAGAAAAACAUAAUCAAGCACUAACUUAUUUAUUUAUUUAUUUUUUUACGACUGAAUAAGUCCUGAGUAAUUUCUGCCUUGAGAAAGGAAUAACGAGGGAUUCGUAAGCAUGGUAUAUACAGGGUGAGGCAAGCUAAUAGUGUACGCCUAAAUAUCCAUCCAAGAAAGAUCUGACAUCUGUAUCUAUUUAUAGAUCUAUAAAAUAAAAGGAUUGAUAUCUAAAAAUAUAUAUCUAAUCGAGAUAAAAUUAUUGAAAUUUCGAAUAUUUUGAUUCCUCGAGCGAAUUUUUUCCCUGUUAUUAUACAUAUAUAAUCCUAUCUUUAAAUUGUACAAGUUAUCUUUAACAAUAUUUCCGUGUAUCUUUGGCAGACAAAAAUGUUUAAAGUAGAAGAGAGUAGAAUAGAAUAUAGAAAUAGAAAAGUAUUAAUUUUUCGCGUUCUGAAAAUUAAAAAGGAACACAAGUGGAUAAUACUCAAAUGUGAUGACAAAUAAAAAUCUAUAAUUCUAAAUAUAUAAUAAAAUAAUGUGUAUAUAUAAUAGAAAAAUAAGAAUAAAAAAGGGGAUUAGUUGAAGAAUUAUUCAGAUGUACUCUAUUAGAAAGAUAUGCUUCAUCCUGUAUACGCAUAUACAUAUACAAUAUAUAUAUAUAUUCAUAUGUAUAUGUGUAAUGUACUUAUAUUGUUAAAGAUAUCUGCGUAAUAUUGAACAUUGUUAUCUCUCUUACAUCGAUAACGCUAUAUACACUGGAAAUAAAAUGAAAAAUGUGUGGCGAUUAAUCUUAGAGUGUGUCAUCGAUUUUGUUAAUCACUACUUUGUACUAUGUCUUGAACUUUGGCCAAGCAACUUAGCUCGCAAAUAAUAUAUUCGUAAAAAAAAGAUAAUCACAACAAUCGACAACUCGCUUUAACUCGCCUUUUUAAGAUGCAAAACGAGUGCUGUUUCAGCUCACUUUGCAGAAUUCGAACUAAAGAUUAAUACGACACGAUAAACGUGUACAGGGUGUCCCGAAAGUAUUCAAUCGCGACAAAUCUCUCUCAACCGCUCGUGUUACCUCGACAAUUUUUCACUACGGACAAAAUUCCUUCAUCAAAGAAAAAACGUUCAGUACUUUUGAGACGCUCUGUAUAUUCGUUGCUACUUUUAAUUGGUUCUAUAAUAAUAAUAUUUUAAUACAUGUAACUCUCGUGCGCUAAAUCUAGUUGCUAUCGAGAACUAUCGUUAUCAUUCAUCAAAUGAAGCUAUUGCAAGAUCUCGGCGCAUCGAAAACAACUAUUAUUGUCGAUACGAUAUCAUUGCAAGCAACGUGACUCACGCGUGUGUGCGUUUGUACGUGAGGAAUGAGUACGCAAAGUAACGUGUAUAGUGCGUGCUCUCUCGUUAUGCUAUUGCUAGAUGUAAACAGUUUUUGCCGGACAAAAGCGCUUGUUAUUCGAGAUCGUGUGCACGAAUUGGAGAGAGAUCCCAGAUCGGUUUAAAUAGAUCUGUCUGUCUCACUUCUCAGAUAUGGAAGAUUGUAAAAGAUAUCAUUUCAUGUUUUAUUUUUUCAUUCUUUUAUCUAAUCUUUUUUUCUCUGCAUCUACGUGUGCGUGAAUUUAAUUUUUAAAUAUAUAUAUAUAUAUAUAUAAAUAGAUUGAUUUAAGAGAGAAGAUAUCUUGUAUCCCAAGUAGAUUCAACAUAUGAGAGAAAGAGAUAGAGAGAUCUAUAUAAGAUCAUCCUCGUCUAUUCAAGUAUAUUUGUCUAGGAAAAAAAUUGAUCUAAAAUUCAAAAGUAUUGUGCUAUACAAUUCUUGAUUUUCGGCCACAUCUCGUCGGUGGUGUUGCCGUGAAAAUCCUUCAAUAUUCCAAUCUCGCGAUAAAAUCGCACAACCGGCUCGGUCUUCGUCGCGUAGUCCUGCAACCUCCUCUGCACGACUUCCGGUUUAUCGUCCUCUCUCUGACUCAACGGCUCACCCGUUACAUCGUCUUUACCCUAAAAAAAAAAAAAAAAAAAAAA